UGCAAAUGGGUGCUUUAACCACAAUUGGAUUCCUCUGCCCUGAUUAGCCCUCCCUGCUCACAUCUAAAGCACUAAACUUAGCUUUGUUUUCCUCGAUGGUCAUUAAGGAAUUGCCAGUUAAGCCUCUGAACCAGCCAUGCUGGCUGUGGCUCUGUCUCCCAGGGUAAAACCCCUUGGAAGGGAGAGAAGCUUCCUGAACGUGAAGAUCCUCCAGGACCACACACCAGCAGCCUGUUCUCGUGGAGCUGAGCUGCUCCCCACAGCAAAACCUUCCAGCCAAGGGGAGUAAAGAACCAGCUCCACGUGCCCUGGUCACUGCCAGUGACAGAAUUCAGGAGAUGCUGAUCACCAGUGACAGAAGCAGGGGAGUUCCUGGCUCUUCUGCCAGGCCAGUGAGGGAUGAAGCAGGGAACAGCUGGGUGGGUCUGGUGCCACUGUCCUGCUGUUUGGUGCCAGCCUUUGCUCUUUCACUGGCUGGCAAUGACCAGGAGUUCAGCUCCUGAUCCCAGAAAAUCUCUUGACCUUGAUGCUAGAAAAGAGCACUGAAGUUUCACUGUUCUGAAACCAUCUGUCUCAAGAGCUUUCUCCAGCAGUGACCUAAUAUUUCACAUUUAGCAAUGGUGUGGAAUCAUCUGAUCAUCACUUUCAUACGACAAACCACAACCAAAACAAAGUGGUGCUGUUUCUGUUCCUCUUCCCACUGGGAUUUCCUCUCCCAACCAUCCUGGCUUGGCUGUGGCUUCUCCAAAGGAUUCAGAAGCACCUGACCCAGAGUUGCCAAGCACUGGGCUUUCCUGCAGUCUCUGAAGUAAAGCAAGGGCUGCUCAGCACUUCUGCAAGGGAAAGAGAAAAUAAAACCACACUGUGGAGAUCUGCCCACACUGCAAAUCUGGGCAUUGCAAAACAUGGAUUUCUCCUACACAGCAGAGAACAAACCUUGUUCCAACAUGAGUGUGCUGAAGGAUAUUCCCUGGCAGGCCCCAGCCAUAAUUAACAUGGGAUCCCUGUACUUCAGAGGCUGAUCUAACCUUACACCAGUUUUUAAAUCAGCCAAGGAGUCACUCCUGAAUUACUCUAACAUGAAUCCUCCUCUGUUCCUUUUGCUGCAGUGUCUCAGUGCUGGCCCUGACACCAAGGCAAACAGUGUCAAACUCCACAGCUUGAGCUUUUUCCACCUGUCCAGGAGUAAAAUAGCUGAGCAAAAGGGGUUGUUUGUGAUUGUGUUGAAAGAGCUGUGCUUUGCCCCUAAGUCAGCCCUGCUUGGCUCCAGAGAAAAGACAGAGCUGCCCUGAGGGAGAGGGACAGCACUGACAGCAAACCUCGUGGACUUUGGGACUCGGAUUUUACAUUCAGCCUUGCUUUGUUUGGAGCAGUUUUUACAACUCCUCCCAGCCUGGUGAGGAUCCAUUGGUGUUUUUGCUGUGCAGAUAAACUGGGGAGAGCUCCCAGAUGAGCUCCCAGGAGAGGCUGGAGGUGACAACCUGUGUGACAGCUUUUGCUGUAGGCAUGUGGCACUCAGCAUCCCUGCCCUGCUCAAAUCUCACUGAACUCUGACUAAUUCAGUGGUUAAGGCAGCAAUAUUUGAUGUUUUGCCAAGUCACCUCCUGGGAUGUCCCUGGCCAGCAUCAGAGCCCAGUCCAGGGCUCACAAAUGCUGGUUUCACUACUCUCCAUCUCUCUGUUCCUGUUUCUCACCAAAAUAAAAACCUUGCACAAAGAACACAACAAACAAUACAAUGGGCUCCACCACAACUCAGAUGGCGAGUUCUUUCAGAAAGACUCUGCCAGUGAGCUCGGAGCAGUUUGGGAAGAAUCUUGGUUUGAGUUUUUUCCACUGGAAAAUGUCAUAGUAAAUCUAAGAAUAGGAAUUGACUGGCAAAGGAGAGAAAAGCAGACUGUCCUGAAGAACAAAUGUGCUGAAAUCCCUGCUGUGCCUAAGGCUCAGAGUAAUCCUGGCUUUAUCAGCAAUACAGGAGUGUCCGGAUGCCACAGGAGAUCUGUGCUGGGGAACCAAUACCCACUUGGAUUAUUGCAACAGUGUACACUUCUUCAGUCCCAUUGUGUCAUGAGAAUGUCUCUGAGCCCUGGUGCCACAGGAAGUCAGAUUUCCUGCCUUGCUGGCCAGUAGGACCAGAGGACAAGUCUCCAGGUAGCCAUGGAAUGCUGCAGCUGGGAAACAUGGCUCAUCCUCCAGUCAAAACUCCACUGGAUUUUUCAUGGUUAUAUUGUUAUAUUUUCUCUCCCCUCUCCAGCUGAGGAGGGGGUGAUGGAGUGGUUUUGGUGGGUACCUGGUGUGCAACCAGGGUCAUCCCACCCCACAGAGAAAACACAAGACAGAUAAAACAGUUCUCACCCAUUUCUAACCUGAACCUUCCUGGGAGCAGCUGAAUGUCAGAUCCCAGCUUUGUUGCCCUCUGCUUUUCCCCUGUUUUGGCAGGAUUUUAUUUCUUUGGAGGCAAUGAAGUUGUGCUCAUGAUGCUCUUGUUUUCCUUCCAGCUGCAGCUGAAGUCAGUAUGGCCUCAGGAAAGACCCCAACCCCAGAGCUGCUGAAGGCUGAGGAGCAGCAGAGUGUGAGCGCUGUCAAUCGAGUCACCAGCCUGCCCUUGCUCAGUUCUGCCUUCAACCUGGUCUCCUCUGCCUACAACCAGACCAAGGAGUCCCACCCCUGCCUCAGUGGCGUCUGCAGCGUGGCUGAGACCGUGGCUGCCGUGGCUGUGGGCAGCGUGGUCGGAGGGGCACAGCCCAUCCUGAGCCAGCUCGAGCCACAGAUUGCCCUUGUGAAUGAAUAUGCCUGUAAAGGUCUGGAUCAGCUGGAGGAGAACUUGCCCUUCCUGCAGCAGCCAGCAGACAAGGUGAUCUCAGACACCAAGCAGCUGGUGUCCACCAAGGUGACAUCUGCUAUGGACGCUGCCUGCGAGGCCAAGGAAGCGGUGGCUGAUAAAGUCACUGAAGCUGUGGACCUCACUAAAAGUGUUGUUGGGGACAGUGUCAAGCUGACCAGGUCUGUGGUCACCUCCACUGUCAGCAGCGCUGUGGAGGCUGCCCAGGGGGCCAAGGAGCUGGUGACCAGCAAGGUGACAGAGGCUGUGGAUGUCACCAAGCACAUGGUGGAGGACAGCGUUGACAGGACCAAGUUUGCAGUUGCCUCUACGAUUGUCAAUGCUGUAGAGGCUGCUCAAGGGGCCAAGGAGCUGGUGACCAACAAGGUGACAGAGACUGUGGACCUCAGUAAGCACCUCGUGGAGGACAGCGUUGACAGGACCAAGUCUGCUGUGACUUCCACCAUCACUGCAGCUGUGGGGGCUGCCCAGGGGGCCAAGGACCUGGUGGCCAACAAGGUGACCGAUGCUGUGGACAAGGUCACCAAAGCCGUGGAUGUCACCAAGCACAUGGUGGAGGACAGCGUUGACCUGACCAAGUCUGCAGUUACUUCCACGAUUGUCAGCGCAGUGGAGGCUGCUCAGGGGGCCAAGGAGCUGGUGACAGACAAGGUGACCAAGGCAGUGGACCUCAGUAAACACAUCGUAGAAGACAGCGUUGACCUGACCAAGUCUGCAGUUGCCUCUACAAUUGUCAGCGCUGUGGAGGCUGCCCAGGGGGCCAAGGAGCUGGUGACCAACAAGGUGACAGAGGCUGUGGAUGUCACCAAGCACAUGGUGGAGGACAGCGUUGACAGAACCAAGUCUGCUGUGACUUCCACCAUCACUGCAGCUGUGGGGGCUGCCCAGGGGGCCAAGGACCUGGUGGCCAACAAGGUGACUGAAGCAGUGGACCUGACCAAAGGGGCUGUUCAAGACAGUGUCGAGAAGACCAAAUCCGUGGUCACCUCUACGGUCAGUACAGCUCUGGAUGCUGCCUAUGGCACCAUCACCAGCAAGAUCAACACAGCCCUGGAGCAGGGCAGGGAGGCUCUCCAGGGGGGUGUGGAGAUGACCAACUCAGUGGUCACCAGCAGCAUAAGCAAAGCCAAGGCAGUGAGCCAGGCAGUGGCUGGAGGUGUGGAAUCUGUCCUGGGAAUGUCAGAAGAUCUGGUGGAUCAUUACCUCCCGAUGACUGAGGAGGAACUAGGUAAACUGGCCACCACGGUGCAGGGGUUUGGCGUGGCCUCCGUGGAGGAGCAGAAGAGGCAGCGGAGUUACUUUGUGCGCCUGGGCUCGCUGUCGGGCAGGCUCCGGCACCGAGCCUACCAGCUCUCCCUGGCCAAGCUGCAGGGCUUCAGGCACCGCACCCAGGACACCCUGUCACGGCUGCAGCUGGCAAUAAAACUGAUUCAAUCUGUGAAACAGGAGGUUGGCCAGAAGCUGCUGGAGGGACAGGAGAAGCUCCACCAGCUGUGGGUGGACUGGAGCCUGACCCAGCCCAAAGGACACCAAGUCAGAACUGCCUGCCAGCCAGAGGUGGAGCCGCGCACUCUGGCCAUGCUGCGCAUCAUCACCCAGCAGCUCCAGCCCAACUACGAGAGCCUCAGGCUCAGCAUCCACGGGCUCCCCAGCAGCAUCCAGGAAGCUGUGUCUCAGGCCACUCGACACAUCCACAAGCUCCACAGCUCUUUUUCCAGGGCCGUGUCCUUCCAGGACCUCUCCAGAGCCACCCUGGCCCGGAGCCAGGACCGUGUGGCAGAGGCCCGGAGGUCCCUCGAUGUCCUCCUGGACUAUGUCACUCACAACACCCCUCUGAACUGGAUUGUGGGGCCCUUCAGGGCCGUGGCUAAAGUGGCACAGGACAGCAGAAAGCACAAGAAGAAAGAGAUGAGGAGUGAUAGAAAAUUACCCAAGCUGGAAAAGGCUCCACUAUCACAGGAGGUGACAAAGGCACCUGAAGAGCCAAAGGGAACCAACAGGCUCUCAGAAAAAUGGUAUGAAGUGCUAGAAAAGCUGGAGGAGAAGGCUGGGAAGGACACAGAUGUGGCCCUGGCUGCCAAGGAGAUAAAAAACACUGCACCAGAGGAAGAUCUUUGAUAAAGCCCAGCUCUUCUGGCCAAGGCUACUUGGCUAGAACAGCACUGGAUCUUCUAAUUGUGUGCCCACUUGUGCCACAAGUGCCUCUGCUCUGAAUUUAGAGUCAGAUGUAGUUGUAAGGAGAUUUGAUAGCCAAGGUGGGGAGAUUCUGAAUCUUGAUUUACUGUUUUUAAAUCCAACUGCUGUGCUGAAAGGGGAGAUUGAACCUGCACUUCAGCUUUUUAACUCAGCCCAGCUGUAGCUGUGAGUGGCUGAAUCUUGCUGAGACAAACUGUGGGAGAGACGUGAUCUCAACUUAUUUUUAAUGCUGAAUUUGUUUUUAAUUCACCCAAGCUGUGGAACUCUUGAGAAGAUGCUCUGCUUGACCUUUGAUACCAUCUCCCACCUUCUCCACUUUUAAAGGUACAACUUCCUUUGUGUCUGUUGUGCUUCCGGGGAGGCUGGGCCCUGCAGCACAUCUGGCACAGCUGGGGGCAAGGAGCUCCUUCUCAAGAAGAGACUUCCCCUCAUGGAUCAGCCAAACACUUUCUCUUUCAUGGAGAAGCACUCAGCAGCAUGGGGUUUUCUUUAAUCACCUUUCCUAGUUCUGUGAAUGACUUCAAGGAUUAUCUGUGAGUAACUCCAUGUGUGAAACACUUCACAGCCAUUAAAUGAGGCAGCUUUUCCCAGGAGUUACUCUGCCAUGGGAUUAGGAUAUUCUGUUAUUAGAAUAGGAGGGAUUUUAAUCCAGGUGAUGGUUCUUUCCUAGAAAACACUACUUUGUAAUAAUUUCUAAUGUAGCUUAUUUUGGUAACUGUUCCUGGCAUUGUCCCUGUGCCAGGGCUGGUGAGCAGACACUGGAAUAAAGCGUGACCUGCAUUCAAAGCCA